GCCCUUGGAUCUUUCCGAUGAUGAAGAUGAUGAUAACCGACCUGUGAACCAGAAAAGAGCUCGCGCAAACGAUAAGGAGGUUUUAACGUUUUCUACUCAUGUCGGAACCUCGACUGAUAACUGCAGGGAGUCCAGGAUACAUGACGCCUUAGACUCUUCACACUGCAUACCUCGAGUCAAUUCCAAUAACAAGCAGUUAGAUACUUCUCGACGGAAAGUCAAAGCCAAUGCCCGGGAGGCACAGAAUGCCGAGAAACGAGUCAUGAAUGUUGAUCUUCGAGAUACCAUCAACAAACGGAAUUGUCCUAUUACAUUCAGUAUCGAAGACGCCAAUUUGUUUGCUCAUCCUCAUUCCGACGCUCUUAUUAUAACGACCCCGAUUGGAGGGAUUCCUGUUCAUCGGAUUUCGGUCGACACAGGAGCUUACUCAAGUAUUUUGAUGCUUCGCACGUUCAAAAAAUUGGGUUUGGACCCGACGGACAUUAGGCCUUGCAACGACCAAAUUCAAG